UUAGCUUCACUCCAGAUCUCUGGAUCCAAACAGCAGCUGGUUGAUCUCCGUUUCCUCAACUCUCCUAGUUCAUCCAUCUUUGAGUCGAUCUCCGUUAGUUUUUUUUCUGAGAUUGAAGUUAUCGGCCUGGGCUGAGGCAAACUACAGACAACAGAAAGGCACUGUGGCUUGUGUCAGAUACAAACUGUGUUCAGCAAAUCCCUUCGGAUCACCUGUGAAGUAGGGCAUCAAGUGCCUUGUUCAAGGGCACUUCAGCAACACCUACCGCAGAGGAAAGAGGCGUCCGUCGCUUUACCGUCAUUAAACCUUUUGUGAGUUUGCGUCAAACUACCAACAUCUACAUUUAAAAUCAGGUCAGCAGCUCAGCGGUCAUCAGAAGGGUGAAUUAAAAGCUCCAAGCCCAGCUUGAGUCAGUCAUGGCAGACUGGAGCCUUUUGGGAAACUUCCUGGAGGACGUACAGGAGCACUCCACCUCUGUUGGCAAGGUGUGGCUGACCAUCCUGUUUAUCUUCCGUAUCCUGGUGCUCGGGACGGCAGCCGAGUCAUCAUGGGGCGAUGAGCAGGAAGACUUCAACUGUGACUCGGUGCAGCCGGGCUGCGAGAACGUCUGUUAUGACCGAGCAUUUCCUAUAGCACACAUACGAUACUGGGUGCUGCAAAUUGUGUUUGUUUCAACACCGAGUCUAAUCUACAUGGGCCACGCCAUGCACACGGUUCGCAGGGAGGAGAAGAGAAGGAGCCGGAGGAGGAAGAGGAUGCGGGUGGAGGAGGGAAAGAGGAAGACAAAGGAGGAGGUGAAGGAGGAGGAGGUGGAAGAAACAAGCAGGGAAGGAGUGCUGAGAAGAAUGAAAGAAAGGAAAAAUAUGAAGGUUCAUCUACAGCGAGUUCGGCUGAGGGGGGCACUGCUGAAGACAUACAUACUGAGUAUUCUGAUCCGUACCAUCCUGGAGGUAGUGUUUUUGUGUCUACAGUACUUUCUCUAUGGCAUCUUCCUCCAUCCUCUGUAUGUUUGCAAGGCGUUGCCGUGUCCACAUCCAGUCAACUGUUAUGUCUCCAGACCCACUGAGAAAAAUGUCUUCAUUGUGUUCAUGUUGGCCGUUUCGGUCGUCUCCCUGGUGCUCAGCGUGGUGGAGCUGCAUCACCUGGCAUGGAGACACUGCUGCAGGAAGUUCUUCUCCUCAAAGAGUGUCAAGUCUGCAAACACCUCCAUGGUCCGACAGAUCUCCAUGUCUCCACCUCGACCGUCAACCCCACCUCCUGAUUUCAGUCAGUGUGUGACUGGCUCCUCGCACUUCCUCCCGCUCCCCUUCCCUAACAACGGACUGGCCUCUCAGCAAAACUCUGAGAACAUGGUGACGGAGAAGAACAAGAGGGCCGCUGCGGUCGAGGAGGCAAACUUUCUCCACAUGAAUUACUAUUCAACCAAAUGGGAGAACUGUGGAGACGGCCAGAUUCAAGACGGAGUGUACCUGAGUACUGACAGUAACAGCUACAGUCCUGAGAGCAAAGACAUGAUGUGCCUCCAGAUCCAGAGCAAUGGAACAGAUGGGCUGCUGCUGAAGGACAAGCGAAGAUUCAGCAAAACCAGUGGAACAAGCAGCCGAACAAGAGCGGGCGAUCUCUCAGUUUAGAAAUCAAAGCAGAGAUAGACUCCAGCUACAGUAUCCUUUCAACAGGAUUCAUAACUCUUGACUUUUUUCUCACCCUCUUGUGAUUCCAUUGACUUUACAAUUGGGGAUGUUGGAUUAGGAAAAUAAAUGCUUAGUGGAAACGCAGCAAUUUCAAAAAACUUUAGCUUUUUCAUGAAACGUCUCUGUGCUAGGAUGACAUGGUUUUUCAGUUGUAUCAAAAUGUAUCUCUUUCGCUAAACUAUAAUGAUAAUUCUAUCUUUGCAUCAUAUAAGUUGCGUGAUCAACAACCGGAUGUUACUACUGUCAGAAAAGACAAAGACUAUGACGACCGGAAGUGGUAGGAGGAUGGUUGUUUUUUUAAUGACUUAUCGCGUGAACAAACUUAUUCACAUGUUGCAUUUCCUAUUUAACUAAAACACAAUUGAGAAAUGCCACUGCUACAGUUAACUACAGUGAUGAUGUGUUGAUGUGUCACAUUCACAUUUAUGUGAAUGUGACACAUCAACAGAGCUGCUGGAUUCGAUGAGAAUCUUUGAAAACUGUCCUGGUCACUGAUUCACUGAAAUAACUUUGUCUUCAGACAGUAGCUACUUUUCCAUAAUAAAUGGGUCCAAAGCUUUGUCUAUUUGCUAAUGUAAAAAAAAUACAAUUUCAGGGUUUUUAUUAAAUUAGAAAUGAAGGGGUGUGCUGUGGUGGCGAAGGGGAUAGCACAACCCACAUUUGGAGGCCUUCAGUCCUCAACGCAGCCGUCGCGGGUUCGAUUCCUGGACCCGACUGACAUUUGCCGCGUGUCUACUGCCCCCUUUCCUGUCAGCCUACUGUCAUAUAAGGGACACUAGACCCCACAAAAGAAAAAAGAAAAAAGAAAAAAUUAGAAAUGAAAUAAAAAUCACAUUAAGCCUGUUCACAUGAUAAGUCAUUAAAAAUCAUAGCAGCAAUGGAUGGAAACAAUUACAUGAGAUAUAUCCAUGUUUGCUGCGACGGACUGGCGACCUGUCCAGGGUGUACCCCGCCUCUCGCCCGGAACGCAGCUGGAGAUAGGCACCAGCAACCGACCCCAUUUAGGGAAGAAGGGUGUAAGAAAAUGGAUGGAUGGAUGGUAUGCGCCAACUAGGUAUGCGGCAUUUUGAGGAAAGUGUAGUCGGCGAUUUUACAGAAGAGCUAUGGAUUCAACACUUUGGAAUGACACGAUUUUGCAAUGCUGUGAGAGCUCUGGUGGAGCCAGCUGCUCAUUGUAUGUAAAAUAAAAGACAAGCCAUCAUUCUCCUACCACUUCCUGUCAUCUUCUUCGUCAUUUUAGCCAGUAAUAACAUCCAGCUGUUGAUCACACAAGUCAUGUGAUAUAAAAAAAGUGUUUUUUAAUUGCAGUUUCACAAAGUACCUCUAUUUCAUGAGAGCCAAAAUAAACCCCUCAUUCUAGCGCAAAACCUUUUAUCAAGAAACAGCAGAUUUUGAGAAAUAAGUGCAUUUCCUCCAAUGUAUUUUUUUGUAUUUUUCAAGUUGCACUUUUCUAUGGUUAAAGGAAACACACCUGUUGUUAGCCUCUCAAACCAUUUCUGUAGUUCUUUUUAGAUGAGGUGCUGUGAAGUUAUUAGUAGGUCCCUUACCUGUUGCACAAAAUGUAAUAUAAGCAUUAGAUUGUUGGUCACAUAAACACAUUAAUAGUGUGGGAGAAGCUAACAGCUAGCCACACAUGUACCAUCUGUUACACUUGGUUCUGUUUUCUUUUUAUAUUUUGAAAUAGUAAUAAUAGUAUUGUUAUUUGUUACUACAGAUCACUUGGAAAUUAUAAGUCUGUUCUAGAUAUGUCGAGAACGGAGUCAAUCAUUAGAUUUUGUAUCAGUUGUACUACAACAUAGUUUGGUAUUAAAAACAAACAAAAACUAAAAACAGUCUUUGCUCUAUGCUUCACUUCAUACAGAGGGUUUGGACCCUCAGCUGUUGAGAAGUGAUUGCUUGUUGGAGGUGUGGAAAUGUUAAAUAACUGUAUCUGAUUUUACCCCAUCACUAUCGCUUGGCCGUGACGUAUGUAAUGCACCAAUUCAAAAUUGCUCACCAGGAAUUGGGUGUGAUGUAAACAACCGUCCCUCUCUGCAAAGAGAGAAGUGCCAAGCUGAAUCUUUGCUAGCAAUAAAAAAUCUUACAUUGUCAAUUUGUUAAAACUUUAAUUACAUAAUACUUGAAAACAUUCCCCACACAAAGUUAAUGACUUUGUUCAAUUAGAUACAAGGUCAGCUGGUGUAUACACUAUUCAGCUGGACAAAACAGAACCAAACUUAACAAUGGUCUGUUGAGAAGUUGCUAGUAUAUUGUUGCAUCAUGCUGUGAACACUUUCAGUUUGACUCCAUUUAAGUUUAAAUGUAAAAGUUAUCUAAAAACAGGCAGUGUUUGUUCAAUUAGCAGUUAGCUUCCACCACUCAGAGCAUUUAGUUAUUUCCAACAUGCUCACUGUGUUGUAACAUCUUUUGACCAUAUGGGAAUAUUGCUGAAAAUAACUGUUUAACUAUUAUAGACUGUACCUGAGCCAGUUGGUUUUGUGACAAUGUAAAGACCUAAAAAUGUAUAUAGAGUCCAGGAGAGCCAUUUAUUUUCCUUGGUCCUGUGGAUGAAGGCAGAUAUUAGCUUCUGCCGUAACGCUAAAUUGGUUUCCAUUGUGAGUAUUAAGAUAUAUUUGGCAUUUAAAAUAUUAAAAUAGGCAGUUCUAACUGUAUUUAUGGGGUUUCUGAAAUGUUCAAGGAUUUGAGUAAUUCAUGGGUGGUUGUAGUCUCUAACAUCCACGAAUACUGGGUGACCACUGUAUGCUGUAUUUAUGAUGAUAUGGUGUCAAUGUAUGUCACAGAAUCAAAGAUGUUUGCACUAUUGUUUUCUUAUUUUCGGCACAUCAGUUAGCAGCUUUUAUAUAUCUUCUAUAAAUUUUAAACCAUCUGUCAGAGUCUCUUCUGUCAAAUGUUUUUAUUUAACAUCCUUAUUGGAAAUAUUCUCAAAUAAAAAUAUACUCUCACGCUGUU